AUGGGCAGUAAACCAAACAGCAGCAGCGAAACGCCUUCGAAGGAGGGUGAUGCGGGUGCGGGACAAGGUCGAGUGGUCGAAAAGGACAAGACCAGCUUCCUGCAGGAACUGCAGCUGUUCCAGGACCGGAAUGGCUCCAGCCGAAUGAACCUGGACAGCGAGCCGGAAAAUCUGUCAUUCUCGAAGGAGGAUGAAGGCCUCAUCAACCCCAUGUUCCGGAUGCGCUUCCAGGAUCGGGAACUCCCCGUUCAGACUGUCCUGAAGAAGGUCGGCAACGUGACCAUCCUGUUUUCUACACUGCUGUCGCGCGUCGAAACGUCCAUCCGGAACCGUCCAGACUGGGGUCUUCGGAAGAGACCGGUGGAGUACCGUAAGAAUCGGUACAGCUUGGACUAUGAUGUUGGCCAACAUUGA